AAUGUAUAACUGUGUACACACGAGGUGGGGACACUUUCGUGCUAUCUCUCUCGCACCAUUUAUUACUACGGUUUUCAGCGAGUCCUUGCGUAUGAGACUUACAAUACUAGUUGGUGCUUAGGCGGUGAACAGUCGCGUUACCAAGAAAAUACGAACACCCGAUGUAUUCGACGUUGUUGCCCGUUAAAAAAUAUCGUCGUCCCCGCGGCCGCAUGUGAACGCGCCUCGAUUUUCUAAUUUUUCCAUGAUUCGCUGUACGGUUUCGAAUAUGUGUCAGUGAAUGUUUAUUAUAAAUUUUCCCGACUCCGUUAGCCAUACCAAAAAUGUCGAAACCCGGUGACAAACAAACCUACGCGCAGACAUAUAAACUGGUAGUCGUGGGUGGGGGUGGUGUCGGAAAAUCUGCAAUCACGAUACAAUUCAUUCAAAGUUACUUUGUGACUGACUAUGACCCGACCAUUGAGGAUUCGUAUACGAAGCAAUGCGUUAUCGAUGAUGUACCUGCGAAACUUGACAUAUUGGACACAGCAGGUCAAGAAGAAUUUAGUGCAAUGCGUGAACAAUACAUGAGGAGCGGCGAAGGUUUCCUUCUUGUGUUUUCAGUAACCGAUCAUUCGUCCUUUGAUGAAAUGUUGAAAUUCCAUAAGCAGAUCUUAAGAGUAAAAGACCGUGAUGAGUUUCCAAUGCUCAUGGUUGGCAACAAAGCUGACUUGGAUCAUCAGAGAAUUGUCUCUGUUGAAGAAGCACAAAAUAUGGCUCGCCAAUUAAAAAUUCCCUACAUUGAGUGUAGCGCGAAAUUAAGAAUGAACGUUGAUCAAGCUUUUCACGAAUUAGUAAGAAUCGUCAGGAAAUUUCAAUUGUCCGAGAGGCCACCGUUAAAAACAAAUUACAAGAAAAACAAAAAGAAGUGCUGCAUGCUGUAAUUGCCAAUGUGUUCAUAAUCAACGAGAUGAUAUAAUUGAAUCAAAAUGGGAUCGUAAUUAC